AUGUCCACCCCAAAAGUCCCACUAGAGCAAAUAACAUACACAAAUGUCGAUAGGCAAAAGGUCCUUCGGGCGCUGAAGCCUGGAGUGCACGAAAAUGAACCUCUGAGAAGGAACUCUCUGAAGUCGGGCCGGGUUUUUAAUGAUGUUCAACAUCAGUCAAGGUCUGGGUCAAGGUCCAAUGUUCCUGUCCUACCAUCCUUGCGGAGUGGUAGCCUGGUUCAGAACAACAAACGGCGGGCCUCAGAUGCAGCAGGGCUCCUACAGAAUUCAAAUCUAUCAUCAGCAUUGCAUUACCGGAGCUCUGAAGAGGCAUCGGGCUAUUCUCCUCAUAUAUCUUCGUUGUAUCUUCAUCGGCCCCAGAAUGUUUUACCUGUGACUAACUAUAGCGAUCCACCUUCAGUCAGCACAACUUUAAUAGCCGGUCAAUCUACCCCUCGGACCACAGAGCGUUCUUCCCUGAAGAGAAUAUCAGAAGGAUAUUCUGCAGGCGUAUCUAGUAGCCCCCGGAUACAACCCGUUCAUAAAACCCCCAUCCAGCAGCCUCUUACCCCAAUUAACUUUUCAUUACCUGGCCCAAGAUACAGUCGAAGUCGUGCAACAAGUGGAUCGAGCAGCGGGUCAUCGACAUGCAUCCGAAAGUAUAAGUACAACCCUCCCAGCAUAGGGGACCAAAGUGCUUCACUAGGAUCGUCAGAUAACACAUCCAUGGCUGCAGCUGCAACUGUCCGAACAUCGCCCCUCACAUCCUUAGUAUCCAGUGCAAUGGCUAAUUGUUCGCCAGAGCUUCAGGCGAUAGCGGACACUCCCUUUGGAUCUGUGCCAAAGGAAAAGGAGCAAGUUAAACGGUCAUCGACAACAAUCACUAAGCGGUGUGCAUAUGGAAAGCCCCUUGUUACUAUUGAUGACAUAUGUGAGGUAGACCGGAUGUUUCACACCCUUGAGACACCUGGUGCUAUACACACCACUUCCUCGGUGAUCAAGGAGUCAAAGGGGCUGCCCUCCACAGCUGACUCCCGAAGCUCGAUUGAUCAGGUGAAGGCUUUACGCCUGAAUUUAGUAGGUAGCUCAGAUAGUUCAAAUGACAAUGAUCCCGCUCCAAUAUUAACAGGAAACGCCCGUAGUAAGAGUUGUACUGCUGUCAACAACACAAGUGAAUACUUAACCAUAUUCCUGGGGGCGCGGAAAGGGUGA